AUGAAGUUUUCACAAAACAGGAUCUGGCAGACGGCCAUCGGCUUGACAGCUUUACUGCCCAUGCUCGUUACCGCAUCACCCUUCCAGCCUCAGAGACGAGGUGAUGCUCAGACUUGCAAAAUGGCAGGAGGCAAAAGCUUCUACGUAUUCAACAGGAAAGGAGAGCCCAGUCCUGACGAUCUCGUCAAGUCCACCCAAUAUGAAGGAAAGCCUAACGACCUUACCACUUUGGCUAUCAUGCGAUCGUCAGUCUGCUUUGUGGAGCUGAACCCGGACUUCAUUAAGGACAUGUUCGACUUCGAAGAAGGCGCCGACCAGGAACAUUGGGUUGGGGACGACCAAGACUGCUCGACGCCCAGCUCAGCCUCUGACGGGCAAGAGGUCUGGCGUUCCUCUAAAUUCGCGUUCGACUAUACUGCAGGAUAUGCUUUUGCUCCCAGCCAACUCUAUGGCCCGAGCGAUAACGCCGAGGGUAGUAUAUGGCCUAUGAUCAUCCAGGAUCGAAUCCGCCGUAGCCCUGACUUUAUGGGGGCGGAUAAGAUCCCACUCCAUCCCAAUCUUGAACCUGGUAAAGAAGCCGGAGGUGAUAUUGGCAUCUAUAACCACGACACCAAACCUAAUCCGAACCAGUGUGAUAUGACCAAUUACCUGUGGGCGCUCACUAAUCAAGGAGGAGAUUUUCAGGCGUACACCGACGAAGUUGCCGCCAAACAGAACGGCCGCGAUGCAUGGGUCAAAGAGAUCAUUGAAUUUACCAAGGACAAUAAGACUCCCUGUAUGCUCGCUACCAACGCCGAUACCCAAGGGAAGUUUAAGGGAGAGACGGUCUAUACCAUCGGAUUCGGACAAGACGGCUCUAUACUCGCGCGAGACGUUCAAGCACCGUCCAGCGACGACCCGCUCAAGGUCACCAUUGAGGACAUCGCCAAGCAUGUCGCUUACAUUACUCAUUUCGAGACCAAACCUGCUGAAGAUGAUAGCAACACGGAAUAA